CUACGGUCCACCUUAUUCCGUGGCGUUGAGCUCUUAAACAAAAGAUUCUUCGUCUGUUAGUUAACCCAAUUCGUCGUUAUUUAAUUCAUAAAAGUAUGGAGGGAUGGGAAAUAAAAAUUACUGUCGUCUCUAUUUAAUCUCUCAUUUUAGUUUCUCUCCCAUUUUCUUCUUCUUCUUCUUCUUCUUCUUCUUUUUCCUUAUAUUGUUGCUGUUGUUUGCUCAACUCUCGACUUGCAGCAAACUCAUCAGUGGUUGAAAGGAAGCAAACAUUCUUCAGCAGUGAGGGUGCUGGGGAACUUCACGGAAUUAAAUCUUUUUGGACCACACGGGGGUAGUAUAAACGCUGUAAAUUAUAAUCAGAUGCAGAAUGAAGAUUCAAAUGAGACUAGCACUAGAGCUAGUUACAACUCCAGUAAUUUACCUGAACCUGAUCUUGAGAAGCAGGGAAACAACCUGGUGUUGCCUCAGGAGGAAAAGCUGGCACGCUCUGUUAAGGAUUCGACCUGUGAGGCCAGUCCGACAUUGUUAACCAUCGUGGUAACGAAGGGUGAGUCUCAUGUAACUCAGCAGCCAGUAGCUCAAUUAUCAAAAGAUAUGGACUGUAUUAUGGAUGAAUUACCUCGUGUGGCUCCUCAAAAGGGUUUUUUUUCGAGGAGCAUUAGUUCCGACGUGGAAUGCAGAGUUUGUCAACAGGACAAGGAAGAAGGUCUUAUAGAUCUUGGUUGCCAAUGUAAGGGGGGUCUUGCAAAAGCCCAUCGAUCUUGUAUUGACAUGUGGUUUCGUACAAAAGGAUCCAACAAAUGCGAAAUAUGCCAAGCUGUAGCUGUAAAUGUAUCAGCUCCAGAGUCCCAGCCCAGUACAAAUUACUGGGUUUGGAGGGUUGAUCCAAGCUUUACCCCACAUGAACGUCAAAGGGGUUGUUUUAGUCCACUAUGGGUGGCAUUCUCAAUCCUUAUUGUUGGUUUAAUGUUGGAUGUGUUUAUAUCCGUUACUCUUGGUGUCUCUGUACUGCCUGUUAACAUCAUAAUUGGUGUUAUUGUUGUACUAGGACUUGGAACUGCCCUUCGACUUGCCCUUGAAUUCUGCCACGAGUGGAGUAUUAGGAGAGCCGUGCAAAGGGUAGAAGCAAAUGUGGCUCUUGGGCAUCAUCCUGCUUUGUAGGUAAACCUGUAUAUAGUAAAAUUUGAGUCUACUAGCCAAUUACGUGGUUCUUUUUAUUUGCGUAUAUAAAGUUCAGCAUACUACUCUGCGAGGGCACCAUUAUUGUUACCACUCACAUUUAUACACCAUAACACAGUUUGUAACAUUCCCCUUGAAUGGUUUGAGAAUUUACAGUCAAAUUGGACAUGAAACAUUUGGUUUGGAUAUGUAUGCCAGGGUUUCAAGUUUUCGAGAUGA